CUGACGCUUGGAUAAUCGUGUGUUGUUCACUACGUUUACUCUUCGAUAAUGUUUAAUUCUUGUUAAAUCUCCGAAAAAGUUUAUAACUAACUUGCGGCCCUCUCUACUUUUGCUUUAACCCAUUUUAAUUGUGUCAUUUUGAUUGGAAUUUCGAAUCUGGAUUUUUAUCAACCGUCAACAUGGGGAAUAUGUUCGCAAAUCUUUUCAAAGGCCUUUUUGGCAAGAAAGAAAUGAGGAUACUCAUGGUCGGAUUAGACGCCGCUGGUAAAACAACAAUCCUCUACAAGCUUAAAUUAGGAGAAAUUGUCACAACUAUUCCUACAAUUGGUUUUAACGUAGAGACUGUCGAAUACAAAAAUAUCAGUUUCACCGUGUGGGAUGUGGGUGGUCAGGACAAAAUUAGGCCCUUAUGGCGGCACUAUUUCCAAAACACACAGGGACUGGUAUUUGUUGUUGAUAGCAACGACAGAGAACGAAUUGGUGAAGCAAGAGAAGAGUUAAUGAGAAUGUUAGCAGAGGACGAACUAAGAGACGCAGUGCUUCUUAUCUUUGCGAACAAGCAAGAUCUACCUAAUGCAAUGAACGCUGCAGAAAUAACUGACAAAUUGGGUUUACAUUCUCUACGUAAUCGUAAUUGGUAUAUUCAAGCAACGUGUGCUACUAGUGGUGAUGGAUUAUAUGAAGGUUUGGACUGGCUAUCUAAUCAGUUAAAAAAUGCAAACCGUUAGUAAAUAUUUUCAAAAAACUAUGUUCUUGUUUCUUUUUUGUAUUGAUUUUUUAAUUUUUUUUUAUUCUAAUUCUAACUUCGGUUCUUGUUUAUUCUUUUUUGUAUCUUAUUUUUUUAAAUGUCCUCUCCUCGGAGAAGCCUUGUUUGCGAUUAGACACAUUUUAGUGAAUAAUUGUAUAAUUUCCAAUUUUAUUUUACUCUGUAAUUAGAUAUUUGUCUAUUUUUUAAUUUAUCAAUUUAUUUCAUUUCAAUUGUUUUAUUCCCCCCCCCCUUUUUUUCUUUUCAAAUUUCAUUAUUGUAUGAAAGUUGUAAAUUGAAAUUAUAUUAUUUAUCAUUAUUACAGUUGCUGGGAGUCUCUUAUAUGUUACAUUUUCUGUUAUUUUAUGCUAAGUUUGAUCGUGAACAAGGUUUUUACAAGACAUUGUGAAUAAACAAGAUGAGGUAUUCAAAGGCUGUUACUAUGAAUGCAACUUACGUUCCCCUGCCAGAUCUCUUAAGUGCAGUCUAAACUUAUGAUUAAAUAUUUACCUCAGUUGUCAUGAAAUGCUACUUUCCUAGGCCUUUGAAUACAAACUCUCCUUCUGCCCUCUUUUUUUUUACUUUCGAGUUAUUUAAUGAAAAAUUGUGUAUUUUCUGUGAGAAAAGUAGUUAUUUGACUGCUGAGUUCUGCGCCUGUAGAACCGUCUCUCGACCCUCUUGGAUUUAGAAUAAACCUGAAUAUUUUGGAAUCUGAAAUCUCAUCAUUCGAUUUAUUCCAUUUUCUAUGUAUUCCAUAAGAAUGACUAGUUUCGUAAAAGAUUGUUACUUUUGACAGAAAUUCAAAUUAUUUAGGUGAUCUGCGUAACAAAGUAAAAUAAUGGAGCACUUAUUCAAUUUAUUUUUGUAGACGACAUUAGAAAUUGUGUGCUGCCAUACUUCAAAAUUUUCACCUACAACAUGUAAAUAACUUAAAGAUCGCAAGACAAUGCAUGCAAGCAUCAAACGUUUGUGAAAGUAAUUUUAAAAUAAAUUAAGUUUAAAUGUUAAUUUAUUUAUUCUUGCAUGCACCUUUACAUAUUUGAUGUGCAUGCACGAAUAAACUGAAUGUAUUUAAAAUCAACAUGAUCGAUGUAACGAAUCUUAUGUUAGAUUUUGUAUUUAUUUAAUAUAUUAUUCGUCAUGAAUAUUUUUUUCCUA